AUGGCUUUCUUAGAUGGGACUCCGAUAAUUGUCCCCAACCUGGCAGUAACAGCUGAACCAAUGCCAGGUGUUGAUAGUAGUUCUUUACUGGACACCUCAGCAAAUGCAACAACUAGCAACGGUGUAUCGACUGGCGCCACAUCAAGCAAGGAGCCAACGGAUAUAUCAGAAGCUUCUGCAACCACAACAACGGGAACAACUGCAAUAGAAACACCGGUUACAUCAUCAAAAGGACUUUCAGACGGUGCCAUUGCCGGGGUUACUAUAUAG